AUGGCAGGCAAGGACCCAGAUCCACCGGAUGAUAGAGGAUCGUUCCCAGCAUGGAUGGCCAAUAGUGAGAACGACGGUAUCCUACGUAUACUUCUCCUGCGUGUAGUAUCCGAGGAUGACGACAAACGACCACCUCUUCCACAUAAUCCAUUUUUAAUUUCACGAUCUGUAGAAGCAAUCGUCGGUUACAGAAACCGCCACUUAGUCUCUGCAAUUAGAGAAGAGAAGGGAAAUCGAUAUGUUUUGAGAACCCAGUCACCCGAAAUCUACUCCAAACUUUGUAAAAUGACCCAUCUAUUAGACGCUGAACAAACUCGUGUUGAAGUUGUGGAUCACCCAACUUUCAGUUUCACGAAAGGUGUUGAAUACGAGCCUGAUACUAAGGACAUGAGCGACAACGAUCUCCUUAAAGAGUUGAGUCGGGAAGGUGUAACAGCUAUAAAACGAAUAACGACGAAAGAUAAGCAAUCUGGUGCCAUUAAAAACACGCCCCUUGUCGUCUUGACGUUCAAGGGAACCAAGAGACCUUCACACAUAUUAUUUGGUAUGCUUCGGAUUAGCGUUCGCCCAUACUACCCGUCUGUGCUACAGUGCCGCAGCUGUGCAGCCUACGGUCACACGCGUAAGCAUUGUUCGAGCGAAGCGGUGUGCUUCAAUUGUUCACAAAAACACACACUCGACAAUAACCAGGAAUGUCCGAACCCAGCAUACUGCUAUCAUUGCCAUUGUGAGGGAGCCCACUCGCCGAUCAGUAAAAGCUGUCCGGUCUUCCGAAAGGAGGAAGCAGUGGUUCGAAUCAAGGUCGAUAAAGGAUUGACAUACCGUGAAGCUCGCGAACAGAUUGAUAGAACUAGUCCCCAAAUUUCCUACUCGAGCCAAGUUCAAAACCGCCUAAACGAGCACUCUGACAAAGAUCGUGAAAUCCAGUUACUCCAUAAGGAAGUCGACAAGCUCCGAAAUCAGUUGAAAGAUUUCUCAUUGUUGAAAUCUCAGUUAGAGGCUCUGCAAACCGUGCACCAAGCAGCUCUUAGAACGAACCAAGAACUCGGAAAUAGUCAAGUUACCAACAAAUCAACCAACGAAAAACCGGAAGCACCUUCGAAGACUCGGAUAUCGCGAAAAGAUUCAGGAAAAAAAAGUUCUUGCAAUCAGCAAAAAGCAGCAGAAACCACCACCCAACAUGAUAACCAAACCCCUGUAAUCUCUCAUAGAUAUCCAAGUCGCAGCAUAAGCAGGAAACGAUUUCAAGAAUCCCCUCCAACCAAAUACGAUAGAGCACCAAAGAAAAUCCACCAGGAAAGUCCAGUCGAAGACGUUCGUAUACUAAGCUCUGAAGAACAACCCUCGGAUGAUGACUUUGAUGACUGA